GCGCCGACGGCUGCUCAAACAUCAGGCUUCCCGGCUGGCUUUGCUGAGCCCCACUGCUCCUAUUGGUUCACACGACGUAGUGCCAGGCCCUGGACAGCCCAGGAGGGUCCUUGAGCUGGGUCACACACAUAGCUGAAAAUCUGGCCCCCGAGAGGACGCUCUCCAAGUCCCCAGCUGGGGGCCCCGCGUAGACCUGGAGUGGACACCCCCACCUUCCCUUCAUGAUUCGUUUGUAGCACAGUGGCGAUGGAUGAUGAGGAUGGGAGAUGCUUACUAGACGUGAUUUGUGACCCUCAGGCCCUCAACGACUUCUUGCAUGGGUCAGAGAAGCUGGACAGUGAUGAUCUCCUGGAUGCCCCUGGAGAGGCCCAAAGUGCCUUCUAUGAAGGUCCCGGGCUCCACGUGCAAGAAGCUUCCGGCAACCACCUGAACCCUGAGCCCAGCCAGCCAGCCCCCAGCGUGGACCUGGACUUCCUAGAAGAUGACAUCCUGGGCUCACCCGCCACGGCGGGUGGUGCUGGAGGAGGUGGGGGCGCCGACCAGCCCUGUGACAUCCUUCAGCAGAGCCUGCAAGAGGCCAACAUCACAGAGCAGACACUUGAGGCCGAGGCUGAGCUGGACCUGGGCCCCUUCCAGCUGCCUACCCUACAGCCUGCAGAUGGCGGGGCAGGCCCAACAGGCACCGCAGGGGCAGCCGCUGUGGCCACAGGACCCCAGGCCCUCUUCCCAGGCAGCACUGACCUGCUGGGGCUGCAAGCCCCACCCACUGUGCUGACCCACCAGGCCCUGGUGCCACCCCAGGACGUGGUCAACAAGGCCCUGAGCGUGCAGCCCUUCCUGCAGCCUGUGGGCCUGGGCAACGUGACCCUGCAGCCCAUCCCAGGCCUCCAGGGCCUGCCCAAUGGUAGUCCUGGGGGCACUGCAGCUGCCACUCUUGGCCUGGCACCGAUCCAGGUGGUGGGCCAGCCUGUCAUGGCACUCAACCCACCCGCCUCACAACUCCUGGCCAAGCAGGUGCCUGUAAGUGGCUACCUGGCCUCAGCAGCUGGCCCCUCAGAGCCAGUGACCCUGGCAUCAGCUGGUGUGUCCCCCCAGGGGGCUGGCCUAGUCAUCCAGAAGAGCCUUCCAGCCGCUGUGGCCACCACACUCAAUGGGAACUCAGUGUUUGCAGGGGCAGGGGCUGCCACUGUGGCAGCCAGUGGGGCACCCUCGGGACAGCCACUGGCAGUUGCCCCAGGCCUGGGCACAUCGCCUCUGGUGCCAGCCCCCAACGUGAUACUGCAUCGCACACCCACGCCCAUCCAGCCCAAGCCCGCCGGAGUGCUGCCUCCCAAGCUCUACCAGCUGACACCCAAGCCAUUUGGCCCCGCAGGCGCUACGCUCACCAUCCAGGGUGAGCCGGGGGCUCUCCCACAGCAGCCCAAAGCCCCGCAGAACCUGACUUUCAUGGCAGCAACAGCAGGCAAGGCUGGCCAGAAUGUGGUGCUCUCCGGCUUCCCAGCACCCACCCUGCAGGCCAAUGUCUUCAAGCAGCCCCCGGUCACCACCGCGGGCACAGCGCCACCUCAGCCUCCUGGAGCCUUGAGCAAGCCCAUGAGUGUCCACCUGCUGAACCAGGGUAGCAGCAUUGUCAUCCCCGCACAGCACGUGCUGCCGGGCCAGAACCAGUUCCUGCUGCCUGGUGCACCUGCCGCUGUCCCUCUGCCUCAGCCCCUCUCCGCCCUGCCGGCUAAUGUGGGUGGCCAGAUCCUCACAGCCGCCGCUCCCCACCCAGGUGGACAGCUCAUUGCCAACCCCAUCCUCACCAACCAGAACCUGGCGGGCCCUCUGAGCCUGGGCCCGGUCCUGGCCCCUCACUCCGGGGCCCACAGUGCGGCUCAUAUCCUCUCAGCCGCACCUAUCCAGGUGGGCCAGCCGGCGCUCUUCCAGAUGCCCGUGUCGCUGGCCGCUGGCAGCUUGCCCACGCAGAGCCAGCCCGCCCCCACUGGCCCCGCCGCCACCACCGUCCUCCAGGGGGUCACCCUGCCCCCCAGCGCCGUGGCUAUGCUCAACACCCCUGAGGGGCUGGUGCAGCCAGCCACUCCUGCUGCAGCCACCGGGGAGGCCACACCUGUCCUCGCCGUGCAACCUGCUCCUCCGGUGCCUCCUGCGGUCAGCACACCACUGCCUUUGGGCCUCCAGCAGCCCCCACCGCAGGCCUCGCAGGUCACCGCCCCCCAGGCCGCCGCCCCACCUCAGGCCACCACCCCUCAGCCCAGCCCUGUGCUGGCGUCCAGCCCGGAGAAGAUCAUCCUGGGGCAGCCGGCCUCUGCUGCCACCGCGGCCAUCCUCACUCAGGACUCCCUGCAGAUGUUCCUGCCCCAGGAGAGGAGCCAGCCAGCCCUCCCUGCGGAGGGCCCCCGCCUGUCUGUGCCGGCCGCGGUCAUAGUCGGCGCCGCGCCUCCCGCCCACGACCCAGCCUCGGCAGCCCCGCUCUCCAGAGGAGCCGGCCCUGGCCCUCAGGCCCCCGAAAGCCAGGCCUCCCCGGCUCCGGGCCCCCAGAUCCCAGCAGCCGCUCCACUGAAGGGCCCUGGCCCCUCCUCGUCCCCAUCACUACCUCACCAGGCCCCACUGGGAGACAGUCCCCACCUGCCCUCCCCACACCCCGCCAGGCCUCCAUCCCGCCCACCCUCCCGCCCCCACUCCCGCCCUCCAUCCCAGCCCCAGAGCCUGUCCCGCCCACCCUCAGAGCCCACCCUGCAUCCCUGCCCCCCGCCCCAGCCACCCCCCACUCUGCCCAGCAUCUUUGUCAUCCAGAACCAGCUGGGCGUUGCCCCAACUCCUGGCGCCCCUGCACCCACGGCACCUGGCCCACCCCAGCCCCCUCUUCGCCCCCCAUCCCAGCCACCUGAGGGCCCUCUCCCCCCAGCCCCCCAGCUGCAGUGUACCACGGCCCCCCACCUUCCCCCAGCCUCCACCCCCUCCAUAGUGGCCGCUGCCUCCGAGACACCCACCAGAUUGCCAGCCCCUACGCCUUCUGACUUCCAACUCCAGUAUCCACCGGGCCAGGGGCCCCACAAGUCCCCCACCCCUCCGCCGACCCUCCACUUGGUCCCUGAGCCCACAGCUCCCCCCCCACCGCCUCCUCGGACCUUCCAGAUGGUGACCACCCCCUUCCCAGCGCUGCCCCAGCCGAAGGCUCUGCUCGAAAGAUUUCACCAGGUGCCGUCCGGAAUCAUCCUCCAGAGCAAGGCCUCAGGUGCCCCUCAGACCUCCACCAGCCUGGGGCCCCUCACCAACCCCACUGCCUCUGUGCUGGUCGGUGGGCCAGCCCCAGCUGGGACCCCUGCCAGCUCCAGCCAUCCCUCAGCACCAGCACCCUUGGCCACUGCAGGCCUUCCCGCUCCGCUUCCCACCGAGGGCAAAGCUUUUUCCAGCACCCUCCCAACCCUGAGUGUGGCCAAGGCCUCAGCAGCUGGGCCAGUGAAGUCCUCCGGGUUGCAGUACGAGGGCAAGCUGAGCGGCCUGAAGAAAGCCCCGACACUGCAGCCCAGCAAGGAGGCCUGCUUCCUGGAGCAUUUGCACAAACACCAGGGCUCCGUCCUCCACCCUGACUACAAGACAGCCUUCCCUUCUUUUGAGGAUGCCCUGUACCGCCUACUGCCCUACCACGUCUACCAAGGCGCCCUUCCCUCCCCCAGCGACUACCACAAAGUGGAUGAGGAGUUUGAGACAGUCUCCACGCAGCUACUGAAACGCACUCAUGCCAUGCUCAAUAAGUACCGGCUGUUGCUCCUGGAGGAGUCCCGGAGGGUGAGCCCCUCAGCGGAAAUGGUGAUGAUUGACCGAAUGUUCAUUCAGGAGGAAAAGACCACCCUUGCCUUGGAUAAGCAGCUGGCCAAGGAGAAGCCCGACGAGUACGUGUCUUCCUCGCGCUCCCUCGGCCUCCCUGCAACGGUGGCCUCUUCCGAGGUACCCCGGCCACCCAGCCACAGCCACGGCCCCAGCCCCGCGCUGCCUGCAACCCCCGGUGUCCCGGCGCCCGCGCACCCGCCCACCAAGCUCGUGAUCCGGCACGGCGGGGCAGGCGGCUCCCCAUCGGUAACCUGGGCCCGCACCGCGUCCGCAUCUCUGUCAUCUCCAUCCCUGUCGUCGUCUUCCGGAGCCUCCUCCCUGGACGCGGAUGAGGAUGGCCCGAUGCCGUCGCGCAACCGGCCGCCCAUCAAGACUUAUGAGGCGCGCAGCCGCAUUGGGCUGAAGUUGAAGAUCAAGCAGGAGGCGGGGCUCAGCAAGGUGGUGCACAACACUGCGCUCGACCCGGUGCACCAACCCCCGCCCGCCGCUGGCCAAGUCAAUGGCACGGCCGAGCGCUCAGCUCCCGCUGCCGAACGCAAGCCUCCAGGGCCAGGUUCGGGACCUGGCCCCGGUCCCGGACCUGGCCCCGGGCCGGGGCCGGGGCCAGGACCGGGACCGGGGCCAGGGCCCGGCUCAGGCCCGGGGCCCGGCACGCAUGGACCGCGGUUGCCUCUGCGCAAGACCUACCGUGAGAACGUGGGCGCACGUGCGGACGAGGCCACCAGCGGGCUCAUCCGCGAGCUGGCCGCAGUGGAGGACGAGCUGUACCAGCGCCUGCGCAAGGCAGCGCCAACGGAGCCCACAGCCCCGGGAGCCACAGCGCCUGAUCCUGGCUGGGACGAAACCCCUGCGCCCCCCACCAAGCGGCGCAAGUCUGAGUCUCCGGACAUGGACCAGGCCAGCUUCUCCAGCGACAGUCCUCAGGACGACGCACUCACAGAGCACCUGCAGAGCGCCAUCGACAGCAUCUUAAACCUGCAGCAGCCACCGGGCCGGGGCCCCCACCCCGUGCCUCCUGCGCCUGGGUCCCCACCGCCCCUGCACAGGCCUGAGGCCUUUCCUCCCUCCAGCCACAAUGGAGGCCUGGGCCCCGGCAGGACGUUGAACAGAUAACACGCGGCCUACCACCCACCCUGCCCUGAGGACAGCUGGGACCACGUUCCCCAGGGACACCAGCCCAGGGACCCUGCAGUCCUUCUUGCCUAAGUUAUUUGAGUCACAAAGGCCUCCUUCCCUACCUCCGCUCCUGCCCGGAGGGUUGUUGAGGGGUCCGGUAGAGCGUAUGGGUUUAGGAGAGGGGACUGUCACAUGCAAGUGUCCCCCCACCACCAAAGGAGGGGCUUUCUGGUGUGUUGCUCUUCCCACUUCCGGCUGCAGCCUGCUGUCAGCUGGGGAUGGGGCACCAGGUGUUCCUGCUGUCCAUGCCCGGACACCAAUCUUGUUUGUGUGGCAUCAGGAUCAUGGUUGGGGGUACUGGGGGUGGGGGGGCUCCUGCCAGGGCCCCCAGCCUCCUGGCCCGGGCUAUAAACCAAACCCAAGGCGGGUGGGAGCCAGGUCCCAGACCACCUACAUCACUUCCGCACGGGUGCUGCCCAGCUGUGCCCGUGUCCCCGUGUGUAUGCGUGUAUGCGUGUCUGUGUGUGAGUGCGUGUGCAAGGGAGAGAUCCGGGACACUCAGCCCCUCCACUUGGAAAUCCCAGCCACAGGCCCGGGGUCUCCCUCCAUCCCACCCAGCCAUCUUCCCUUCCUGCCUCCCACGCCACGUUUUGAAAUCUCGGAGACAAAACUAGUACUGUAAGAUAAAUUUUUUUGUACUGUAUUUAUUGUGUAUAACGAUUUUUUUAAAGGAGAAUUCUGUACAUUUAGAACUCUUGUAAAUUAAAAAACAACAAUCCUUUUUUUUAAA